CGCGGUCCCCCCGCGCUGCCCCACGCCGCGCCGCGCCGGCGCCGGGCGGCAGGAUGGGCUGUAUCCAAAGCAUUACCUGCAAGGCGCGGAUCCGGCGCGAGAACAUCGUGGUGUACGAUGUGUGCGCCACCAUCGACCAGUGCCCCACGCGCAUCGAGGAGACCUCGCCCAUCGUCCUGCGCUACAAGACCCCCUACUUCAAAGCCUCGGCCCGCGUGGUCAUGCCCCCCAUCCCCCGCCACGAGACCUGGGUGGUGGGCUGGAUCCAGGCGUGCAACCAGAUGGAGUUCUUCAACACCUACAGCGACCUGGGCAUGUCAAGCUGGGAACUGCCUGACUUGAGGGAAGGGAGAGUAAAAGCCAUCAGUGACUCAGAUGGGGUGAGCUACCCUUGGUACGGGAACACCACAGAAACUGUGACCCUGGUUGGCCCCACCAACAAGAUCUCCAGGUUCUCCGUCAGCAUGAAUGACAAUUUCUACCCCAGUGUGACAUGGGCAGUGCCAGUGAGUGACAGCAAUGUGCCACUGCUCACGAGGAUCAAGAGGGACCAAAGUUUCACUACCUGGCUGGUGGCCAUGAACACCACCACGAAAGAGAAGAUCAUUCUGCAGACUAUCAAGUGGAGGAUGAGGGUGGACAUUGAGGUGGACCCUCUUCAGCUCUUGGGGCAACGGGCCCGGCUGGUGGGCAGGACUCAGCAGGAGCAGCCCCGGAUCCUGAGCCGGAUGGAACCUAUCCCCCCCAACGCACUAGUGAAACCCAAUGCCAACGAUGCCCAGGUCCUCAUGUGGAGGCCCAAGCGGGGGCCACCUCUGGUUGUGAUCCCUCCUAAGUAGAAGCAGACUGGCCUGUGUGUGGAGCACACGCCACUGAGACACACAGUGAGGUUGCCAGGGGUGGCAGGAGCCAAACUGAGUUUCUGAGCCAAAGCAGACCUCGCGGUUUGCCAGCCUUUGCAGCCACUUGUGAAGAGUAGAGCUGCUCCUUGGGUGGUAGAACCAUAAUCCUUAGGAAAAAUUCCUUCCUUUUAGGAAUAAAGAAAUCACUGAUUUGA